GGCCCCGGGGCGUGUCCCGCGGCCCCGGCCCCGCCCGGCUCUUCCGGCCGCGCCGCGGCCGCGCCGAUGGCGGUGAAUUACGCGGCCGGGCUGUCCCCGUACUCGGACAAGGGCAAGUGCGGCCUCCCCGAGAUUUUUGACCCUCCGGAGGAGCUGGAGCGGAAGGUGCAGGAGCUGGCAGAGCUGAUCCGGAGCUCCUCCCAUGUGGUGUUCCACACGGGGGCAGGGAUCAGCACGGCCUCGGGCAUCCCUGACUUCAGGGGCCCCAAUGGUGUCUGGACUAUGGAAGAGAAAGGGCUCUCCCCAAAAUUCGACACCACCUUCGAGAAUGCCAGGCCCUCCAAGACUCACAUGGCGCUGCUGGGGCUGCAGAGAGUGGGAAUCCUGAAAUUCCUGGUCAGCCAGAACGUGGACGGCCUGCACGUGCGCUCAGGAUUCCCACGGGACAAGUUGGCCGAGCUCCACGGGAACAUGUUUGUGGAAGAGUGCGUGAAAUGCGGGAAGCAGUACGUGCGCGACGCCGUCGUGGGCAGCAUGGGGCUCAAGCCCACGGGCCGCCUCUGCAGCGUCACCAAGGCCCGGGGGCUGCGGGCCUGCAGAGGGAAGUUACGAGACACUAUUCUGGACUGGGAAGAUUCCCUGCCUGACCGUGACCUGACGCUGGCAGAUGAAGCCUGCAGGAAAGCUGAUCUCUCUGUGACACUGGGGACCUCUCUGCAGAUCAAACCCAGCGGGAACCUCCCGUUGAUCACCAAGAAGAGAGGAGGGAAAUUGGUCAUUGUCAACCUCCAAGCAACCAAACACGACCGCCAGGCCGACCUGCGCAUCCACGGCUACGUCGACGAGGUGAUGACCAAGCUGAUGAAGCACCUGGGGCUGGAGGUGCCCGAGUGGACGGGGCCGGUGGUGGUGGAGAGCGCCGAGCUGGCCAAGGGCGAGCAGCUGCAGGGGCGGCUGAAGGAGGAGCCCCUGGGCCAGCACAACGGCACCGGAGCGCCGCGCGCCGGGAACGCGCCGCUGGAGCACCGCGACGGGCUCAAGCAGGAGCGCCCCAGCCCGGACACGGGGCCAACGCCCGUGAAGAAGAUGAAGGUGGAGCCUCUCCUCACCUGACCUGGACUGUCCCUGUCUCACCUGGGCUGCUUUUCCUACCGACUUUUUUUUAUACCCUUAAAUAUUUGUCCCUUUUUUUAUGUCAGUAUUAAACAUACUUGAAUUGUG